AUGUUUUACACGAGGUCGGAGAUCCCUUUUCAGCGAGCCAGAAAUACCGUUUCUGGGGCGAUAAUCUCCAAAAAGUCAAUGAUGGAGAAGCUAGGCCGAACUACGCAUUUCGAAAUCCAAAGUAUAAAUGAAAGGGACAAUCAGCAAUUGAGAAGCUCGGGAGUUUUCCAAACACCUAGCAAGCUGGUGAGCGACAACCUUAUACAUACUUUCUUAAAAUACUCUUUUCCAGUCUUCCCUAUCUUCAAUUGGACAGAGUUUUAUGCAAAAUACAACAAUGGGGCCACUUCACCAUUGCUUCUCAACGCUAUCUAUAUGGUUGCUACUUUCCAUGCCUCGGAAUCAGUUCUUUCCGACGCAGGCUUCUCGAGCAGAUACAUAGCGGGACUUACGUUUUAUCGAAAAGCAAAAGCGUUGUAUGAUAGCAACCAUGAGUUUGACGGUGUGACAACUGUUCAAGCAACAAUCCUUAUGUCAAAUUGGUGGGGUGGCCCCAUGGAACAGAAAGAUACCUGGUACUGGCUGGGGGUAUCAUCCAGUUUGGCCCAAUCCCUGGGCAUGCAUCGGUCAAUUGGCUAG